AUAGUGUCCAUGAAGAGAAUUGGAAGUGAAGAUUGAGUUCAUCUCACUUGAACCCCGCUCUCUCCGGAGGAAGAAAAGCUCGAAUGAAAUGAUUCCUGUCAGGUUUGACUGUGUCGAGACGGCUGAUAAACAACGUAAAAGCUCUCUUGAGUUUGUAUUUUUAGCAAACGUUUUCCAGGCACUAUUGAGAGUUUUUGUCCCAUUGAACUCGUCAGGUCAACAGGACAAAAUAAUGAGAGCUAAUAUGAGACAUUUUAAGCGCAAAUGUAAUAUAGCUGUAAUAAAAGAGAGAAACUUUUAAAUAAAAUGUAAACUAAUUUAAUAGUGCGCAUGAACUUAUAGACAAAUUGCCUGCAUUGUUAACAUUUUCUCAGAACGUAUGAGAGAAUAGCCUAAUUCAUAAUUGUAAUUCAUUAUAAGGUAAUUUAUACUUUUUUUCACUUUACAAUAUCAGUCAAAAUGUAUGCUAUUAUCUUUUAAAAUAUUUUACAACUUUAAUUCAAAAUAUAUAUUGCCAAGGCAAGGCUAUAUGAUAAGGUAACUUAGGCUACAGGUAGACCCAAUAAUCAGGGUUUUGCCUAGCAUUUUACUUAUUUUUUAUUAUGAAUAAUAUUUACAUUCUUAUUCCACACAUUCCAGAACACCCCCAUAGCCAACAUGUAGGCUACUCGAGGCGAUUGCAUAUUCCUAGACAUCCACUAAAUAGCAACCCUGAAAUAAACCACGUUUUAAAUAUUCACGUAGGUCUAAUAUUUACGUGACUUGUUUGACUCACCCCUGACAGGUCUCAAAAGGGUUUAAAAACACUUCAGAUUCUGACGUUUCGGUAGCGGCCCUGUUUUAUCGUCAUCACUUCCUUAUCGCUUUUUCGACUUACCUGAGAGCGCGAGGCGCACAAGUUCCCGCCUCUCUUGCGCCCGUCCACGCCUCCCAUUGGCCCCCCGGGGGAGUGACGUCAGGGCCGCCCCUGCAGUGUGAAUGAAUCAAGUGGUUUGUGUGACACACAGCGAAAGAACGCACGAGCCCGAACUCACGCGCGAGCGCCCGACUAUUUCACGAGGAUAACCACAGGAGCGAGGACUGUAAAAGGACGCUAUCCGGGGAGAAAAAUUAUUUAAUGCACCUCUGAGAUUCUCAGACCUCUGCGAGCGUGUGCAUGUGCGCGUUUUAUCAGACUGGAUGAAAAUGAUGCAAAGUGCGGCUGUGUUGCCCGGCGAGAGCGCGGUGAAGGGUCUGCCGGACAUCCUCGGAGUGCCACUGCAACAGAUCCCCCAGUGCGCAGGCUGCAGUCAACACAUCCUGGAUAAGUUUAUUCUGAAGGUUCUGGAUCGUCAUUGGCACUCAAAAUGUCUCAAGUGCGCCGACUGUCACGCGCUCCUGGCUGACAAGUGUUUCUCUCGCGCUGGGAAUGUCUACUGCAAAGAGGAUUUCUUUAAGCGUUUCGGGACAAAAUGUGCAUCGUGCCAGCAGGGGAUUCCCCCGACGCAGGUGGUCCGGAAAGCUCAGGACUUUGUGUACCACCUUCACUGCUUCGCCUGUGUAAUGUGCAGCAGACAGCUGGCCACUGGGGACGAGUUCUACCUCAUGGAGGACGGAAGGCUCGUGUGCAAGGAGGACUAUGAAACAGCCAAACAAAAUGACGAUUCAGAGACAGGAGCGAAACGUCCACGGACCACCAUUACAGCCAAACAGCUGGAGACACUCAAAAGCGCCUACAAGAACUCGCCUAAGCCAGCACGACACGUGCGCGAGCAGCUCUCCUCAGAAACGGGCCUGGACAUGAGAGUGGUGCAGGUGUGGUUUCAAAACAGACGGGCAAAAGAGAAACGGCUGAAGAAAGACGCCGGUCGGCACCGCUGGGGUCAGUUCUACAAAAGUGUCAAACGCAACCGAGGGUCCAGUAAGACGGAGAAGGAGAGCUCAGCCGAUGACGCAGGACUCAGCGACAGUGAGCUUAGUUUCAGAGAAGACCAGAUCCUGUCAGACCUGGGUCACGCCAACAGCUUGUAUGGAAGCAUUGGAGACGUCUCGAACGGGAACAUGCUCAACGGGAGCUUCUCCCUGGAGGGGAGCGGGCAGCCUUACCAUGACCUGCGGGCGGGAAGUCCCUACGGCCUGCCACAGUCGCCCUCGUCCAUCACUUCCCUCUCUGGCCACACCCCGCUGCUCAACAACUUAGGCUUCAGCAUGGACGGCAUCAUGGGUCAGGGCGGUCAGCCCAAUGUAGGUCAAGCUCUGAGAGCAAUGGCUGGAGGACCCACCUCUGACCUGUCGACAGGAAGUAGCACGGGCUACCCAGACUUCCCCACUAGCCCUGCCUCAUGGCUCGAUGAAAUGGACCACUCCCAGUUCUGAGGUCAAAUGUCAAAAUGGAAAGUGCGGUACUAUGAACAAGACGUUUGAUGGUUUUAUAGACAUCUUUCCCAGAACUGUGGCGAAAUGUUUAUGUGGCGAGGGUGCCUAAAAUGGCAGCUACUUCAACCUUGCUGAAUGGCGUGCUGAUACGAGCAACCCAUCGUGGAAUGUCUGCACUGUAUCAUAAUUUUUUGUUACUCGUAUUUUUUCAUCGUUCUCAAAACUGGAUUGGACGAUUUCCAGCAUGAAAUGGCGUGCGGCUGAGAAUGGCGUUCAAACCCCAGACCACCCUGGAAAAACAAUCACGAUCCACCACUUUCUGAGAACAAGAUCGGGCCCAUGCAUGUUUCCGAAUGAGGAAGAGAACCGCCCACGUUCAAAAUGGCGACGCACUUUAUGUUCCUCCUCGACUGCACACAGCAGGCUGAAUACGGUAAAGAGAGGAGUGCACCGAGCAAGGAGAGAUAUUUAAACAAGUGGCACAAGUGUAUCUUUCCUACUUACAAGGGUUUGGGAUUUUAAUAGGUGAAACUUUCUAAACGGCCCUACUAGAGGUGGCCCUUCACGUUAGGUCUGAAGAAUAGAUAAAGAUUAUUUUUGAAUAAGGACGAAUCCGCAUGCACUGCUCUGAAUUUUCAAAAAAAAAAUCUCUGUGUCAAAGUUCAACACUUUUCUGUUAAAUUCAGGCAUCCUGGAUAAGCAAUGAAACAAAACUAGCUGGUUAAAAAAAUUUAAAUAAAAGUUUGUAUUUAUUUACUAUACAAGGUUGGUAUAACGAUCAAAAUACUUUUCGUUUCCCAUUGCUAUUCUUAGUUAUUGCUCCAUGAGCAUUAGAAUGUAAUUUAUUUCAGAGCAGAUGACAGCAGUGGAAUCAGAAUAUGUGAUUGGGCCAUUACACAGACACAAGUAUGGCCUGACCAAUUAUUAUCAAGCAAAAAAAUGUGAAAGGGAAAAUUUCUUAUCUAACACAUUUAGCAACAACUUGUGUUAUUUAUUCCUGUUAUGGGUACCAAUGUCAGUAUUAUGAAGAGUUGGAUUAUGGGAAAGAGUAUGUGUUGCUGUAAAACUAUAAAACUGGUGACACAAUUGUAAACACGAGGAAAAUAAUUUCAAUUUUGUUAUUGCAAAAUUUGGACCCACGUAAUGGCGACUGAGUAAAGAUGACGCUGCUGAAAGAGUGAACAUAAGCUAACAAAAAGCAACAUGAAAACAAAAAAUACAAAAACAGAAAAAUAUCCAUUCAGAAAUUUUUUUUAGUCUUAAUGGCUGUAAAUUUUGUAAAGUCUCAAAAGGUGUCGACAGUCUUGUCUUAUGAGCAUUAUUUAUUGCUAUGGAUCUUUGAAAAAAAGAGCACUGAAUUUAGUCCUAUAUGCCUUCUGUCCAAUGGUAUGAGUUGUGUACAGUCAAAUCUAUAUGGAGAAAUAAAGCCGAAUUGUCUUUGGGUUAC